AUGUCUAAAGUCAGCGAACGGCACCCGCCUUCCCCAACAUCCUUCCCAAUAGUGGGAAGCCUGUUCUCGAUACCUCCUGGUAUGGCGCACAUAGCGUACAUGAAGCUCGGCAAGCAGCUAAAAAGCGACAUCAUCUCUCUGAAGCUGUUUGGCUACGAUUUUGUCGUGCUGAACUCGUUCCGUGCUGCGGCAGAUACUCUUGAUAAACGAUCCAGCAUAUACUCAGAUCGUUUAAGCAUGCCAAUGGUGCAGGAUCCCACCUUGUUCAAUUGGGGUAACCAAUCUGCCCUUUUGGGAUACGGUGACCUCUGGAGGAGUCACCGUCGAAUGCUAAACAACUGGCUCAAUGCACGAGCAGUAACGCAAUUCCAUCCCAUACAAGAGCAGCACAUUCAACCACUCCUUCGUCAAUUGGUUCGCCUUGUAGAUGACCCACAACCAUUUGAAAAGGUCAAGCACAGUAUUUUUAUCAAUGCUGCAUCCUCAGUACUCAAAUUAGCUUAUGGAUACACUUUGCAAGAAGAUAACGAUAAAAUAUUUGAAAUGAUUCAUCAUACUAAUAAGCAUCUUCUAAUGGCGGGAACGUUCACAAACUUCCUUGUCAAUGUACUUCCUCCCUUGUCUUAUGUUCCGCAUUGGUUUCCUGGGGCAGGCUGGAAACGCACCGCAUACAGGUGGAGAAUACUAAAAGAGCAAGCACUAUCCAUACCGUACGAAUGGACAAAAGCUCAAAUUGCUUCUGGAACAGCAGAGCCCUCAAUCUUGAGUACGCUUUUACAGAACCUUACUUUGACCUCUCAUAUGAAGGAGGACGAAAGAGAGAAUCUAAAAGAGGUUGCUCAUGUAAUUGUUGCGGCCGGAACUGAUACAACUUCGACAGCGCUCGUCGCCUUCGUUGCAGCAAUGGUCCUGAAUCCGGAUGUGCAACUAAAGGCCCAAAAGGAACUAGACACUGUCCUCGGACCCACUUCGCUUCCCACAAUGUCUGAUCGCGAGCGACUUCCUUAUAUGCGAAAGCUUAUUCAAGAGGUACUGAGGUGGCAGCCAGUGGCCCCAACAGGUGUGCAGCCAUUCAUCGUAUCCAAACGUUGUAAAAUCAUAUCUCAUGAGAAUGGUUACGCAUCUCAGCUAUUCCUCAUGCAUGCUGGCAAGAUGAACUACGAAGGAUAUGACAUCAGAAAGGGCACGGUCGUCAUCGGGAAUGUUUGGGCAAUCACGCGGGACGAAAAGAUAUACAAAGAUCCCGAAGCGUUCGACCCUGACAGGUUUCAGGAUCCAACCGUACCAUAUGCACCAGCCUUUGAGGCAUCGAUUCAUUACGAUAGCAUCACUGCUUGCUACGUUUACGUUCUCAAGGAGGAGAGGACCGGAUGGCGAGAGAUCAUUCCCGACAUUGAAAACAUAUCAAACGCAAUCGUAAUGGAACUGAAGCCUUUCGAGUUUGAGUUGAAGCUUCGCUCUCCUCCCACCGACAAUUGA